UUGUAGUCAUUCAUGGUAUGAACGACGUCGAUCAGGGUGCAGAACUUUGCGAAAACAUCCGGGUCAUCUUUGCGAACCGAGACCGCAUGCUCGAUUUCGUCGUUCUCGGUACUCCUGGGAUGUUCCAGGAGAUUUCCGAGCACGUCUACGUUCCGAUGGCGUACUUUCUUUCGGUCUCUCAUGCAGGCAAAGUCCGGUACUCUGGAAACCCACCGGUGUCUCCGUUGUAUCUUGAGGGCCUGUUCAAUGUUCUGUUAGAGGAGAUAUUCACACCGAGAGCGGAUGAUGUGCUCACUCAGCAGAUAUGGGAAGAUUUGGGUGAAUUCUGUGCGAGCGCCCAAUCCAAGAUCACCUUGGUCAACAGGGACAACUCUCUCGGGGACAACUAUGACGCUUUAUCGCGAGUGUACCGGGGGCGCAAGCUGUUGACAAAGCUUCUGGCGACCUUUCCGUCUGUCACGGACCGGAACAUCGAAGAAUCUAUCCGCGAGGACAAUGCUUGUCUCCGUCCUGCUUUGGCUGCGAUCUUUGGCAUCACGGACUACAAGCUCAAGCUCAAAGCUGACGUCUCUGAGACAGAUGCAUAUGCCGUGCUCAACCUUGUCCAUUCGGUCGCCAGCGCCGGCCACGGCAGCGCAGACACUAAGGAGACUAUUGUCUUCCAUCGUCGUGCCCAGCGACUGGUUCGCAUCCUCUCCGAUUUCGUGGGGAUCCUCCCAGAGGAACUCGCAGUCCACGGGAUGACCCUGCUCCAAGACCAUCCCAUCACAGCUGGCGGGUUCGCGUUCGUGUACCAGGGCGAAUGCCUCGAUGCGGCGGGUGCGCCGGUGCAGGUCGCGCUCAAAGUGCUCAAAAUCACGGAGGCGCAGUCGGACGACGAGCGCCGGGCCAUGCUGAAGAAGUUCGCCAAGGAGGCACUGGUCUGGCAUUACCUGCGCCACCCCAAC